AUGGGAAACCAAUUUAGUGGGAGUAGUAUGGUCACACCCAGAGAACAACUCACUCCAAUCAGACUCUCAUCUGAAGAUCUACUCUCAUAUGAUGAAGCAGUUCAAAACGACCCCAGUGUUCGAAAAUUCGACAUCGAUUUACAAACCAGAACAAAUCAUGCUAUUAAUGCUCUAGCAUUGGGAGUUCAGCAACCACUUUCUUUCUCAUUUGAAUUGCUCAAAGAGGUAACUAGUUGUGUUCUUGAAACCGAUCAAAAAGUUGUUGAAGUUAUUCUAGAAGGUAAAAAAGAUAUAUGGAACAACAAGGAGUUAUCUACUCUUAUUGAUGAUUAUUUUAGAACUAGUCUUCAUACUUUGGAUUUCUGUAUUGCUCUUGAAAAAUGCUUAACUAAUGCUAGAGAUAAGCAAACGAUUCUUAAAGCAUCGCUUCAGAGGUUAGCGAAUUCGGCACCGGGAGGUGAUGGGUAUAAGACUGCAAUGGAAGAUUUAGACAGGUAUAAGUCAGUUCAAACUCAUUUUACAAAUGAGAUGUUAGAUUUGUUUGGGACAGUCUACUGUGAACAUCUUCAAAUGUUGCGGAAUUUGCAAAUGCAGAGAAUUCAAUUAGAUAAGAAACUUAAGAAAGUCAAGUCUUGGAGAAAAACAGCUAAUAUUAUCUUUGCAGCUACAUUUGUUACUGUUUUGAUUUGUUCAGUUGUAGCAGCAGCGGUAGCUGCGCCACCAAUUGUUACGGCUAUGGUGGCUGCUGCUGCAGCAGCUGCAGCUUGGGCACCGUCAGAAAGAUGGUUUAAGAAAUUAUGGAGGGGUUAUGAAGAUGCAAUUAGAGAUCAAAAGGAAGUCAUAAGUUCAAUCCAGGCAGGGACUAUAGUGGCCAUUCGGGAUUUGGAUAAUAUUCGGUUCUUGGUUGAGCGAUUAGAAAGGGAAAGUACGAAUUCAUUCAUGGAGAUCAACGGAAAUAUGUUUAUUGAAGAGAAGGUUAAUGGGAGUGUGUUUCUUGAGCACAGGUAUGAGAUUCAGCUGGCUGUCCAAGAAAUAGAGAAUAAGGUACUGAUAUUUAGUAGGAACUUGGAUGAAUUGGGUGAAUAUGUGAGUUCUUGCAGUAGUAGAGUUCACAAAGCAAGAUCAGUUGUGUUGCAGAGAAUUAUGAGACCACCUACAUAA